AUGUCGACUAUGAACCAUGCAAAUGCAGAAGCAUGCGCGUCAGUCAAACAGGGCACAACGAGACCAGCAGCAGCAGCAGAAGGCCACACUACAUUUAUAGCCACAGACCGUGGCCACCUUCUACCUGGUGUCAGAACAAAGAGUGGAAGUGCAUGGCCAGCAUUCCAAGGCACAUGGGAUUUACCUCAGUAUAUCAGUCCUGCUUCCAUAAACCCCACUGCCCGUUCACGAGAGGGCGAGGAUCGCCUCAGGACCUGGGGACAGAUGAAAUUUGCCACAAACCAGACUCAUGAGACCCCUGAUGGCAACCAGGCUACAAAUAGAACCAUUAACAAUGUGGAAAACAUAAAUGUGGACCAGCCUGCAGAAGAGUCAAAAAUGCCAGUGAGUGACCCAGACCGAAAUGAACCAGAGAGGCCCAAAUCACAUCACAGCCAAGACCAGUCUAACCCAGUAAACCUUCUCGAAAACCAAACCCAGUCUAGACCAGGAAGUCACCACAGCCAACAGGCUCUAUCCAGACCAGCCACUCAAGAGAGCCAAGCUGAGUUAAGACCACCAACCCAGAACAGCAGACCAGCAUCUCAGCAGAAAUAACACCAUUUAUAAUCAGAUCCCCUGCAUGGGCAGUUAUAAAAGUUAUUCCAUGAAAUGGCAUUACGUAAGCCUACCACUUCUUUGAAAAACACUUUUACUUUACAGAUAUUAUUAUUGUGUUCCAUUUAUUUAUAACUGUGCUCUCCGUUUGUGCAUACUUUAAUGUGUGUGUCAGAACCAUAGACUGUAUAAAAACAGGUCAGAACACAUUAACUGAAUUGUUUCAAUGAAGCUAAAGCUGAUUAGUUUUACUCAAUGGCUUUUGUAAUGGAAUCUGCUUAGAUGAAAUACUGAAUGCGGGGUCAAGUAUUGCCAGAAAAUAUAUCAGA